AUGGCAGAGCGCGGAGCCUCGGUGAAAGUUCCGCGCAGUUGGAGCGCAGUUGGAGCGCAGUGUGAGCGCAGUGGAGCGGGUGUAUCGGAGUGUCCCGCGAGGAGAGGGCUGUCCCGGAUCAGACCUGCCCCUCUGUCCCGCUGGAGGAGGCCGUUCGUGGGAGCUGGACUCAGACCAGAGGGCGCUCACACAGGAGAUCCUCAGCAGCCUCUUCUCUGCAAAGGACAAAGGGUGGACGAGUGGUUCUUUGAUGUCAAGUGCUUUAAACGCCUUGAAGGUGGGAAAGCGCUGUAUAAAAAUAUGACCAUUUACCAUGUGACCAUUAUGACGUCCUGUGUGCAGAUGAGACAGAGUAAGCAGAGCGCCCCCUUCUGGAGAGUGUCCCUAUCCACGCUGUGCCGUCUCGUGACCAGUGUGGACGACGAGGGCUGGAGCCAGGAGCGAGCGGACCAGGAAGUGGAGCAGGAGGAGGCGGAGCUGAGCGAGCCAGGCCCCGCCCCCCUGAGUGAGGAGCUGUAUGGGCUCCGACUGCUGUGCCGAAUGCUCCAGAACAGAGAGCAGCGGUUACAGUCGGACUCGGUGGAGUUUGUGGAGGAGAGUCCUGAUGUUCCUCUGAAGAGAAAGUCUCCGUACAUCUUAAAGAGACAGACGCACAACUCCAAGUCCAGACGGCCGUACAUCCUGAAGAGGAGUCCUGUUUACUGACUGCUCCUGAACGCACCACAAUGCUCCUAACAGCAGAGCACUGCUCCUAAAGACACCGCGAUGAUAUUAAAGGCACAGCCACGCUUUUAAAGGCACCGCGAUGUACGUGAAUGCACCACUGUCUGUCUGUGUGGCCUGUGUGCAAUGUUCUGUGAGAAACACAUCUACUGCACAUACAAGGACUUACAACCACAGAUAUUAAGUGUUAUC